AUCGCAGCCGUCACAGACAUCACUUCUCGCACAUCCCACCCACAUACCCGACGACCUCUAUCACGACGAUCCCGCCCUUUCCAACGUCCUUCACGCGGUCCCGCCGAGUUGAGGACUGCCCGAGCCCGAGUAGCAGAUAAUCGAAGUGCUUUGACGGGGACACGUCAAUAACUUACCUGGUAUAGGACGAACUUACGAAGGAAGACCGCCCGCCUCACACUUUCCAUCUCGCGUUGUAUGGCGCGCACCUAGGGUAGACCUAGUGGAACUACCUACCUGCCUACAUACCUCCCUUAGCCAGUGAACAACCUCACCUGGCGUGCACGACGCCAGACGCAGCGCAUCAUGGCAGUCAACAGGCUGCGCAAUGCGCUGGGCACUGCGAGAAAAGGCGAAACGUUCGAGUUGCGAGCCGGGCUGGUCUCUCAGUAUGCCUGGGAGCGCAAGGAGUCGAUUCAAAAGACCAUCAUGUCUAUGACGCUGGGCAAGGACGUGUCGGCGUUGUUCCCCGAUGUGCUCAAGAAUAUCGCUACGCCGGACCUGGAUCAGAAGAAGCUGGUCUACCUCUAUCUCAUGAACUAUGCCAAAUCACAUCCCGAUCUGUGCAUUCUGGCCGUGAAUACAUUCGUCCAGGACUCUGAAGACCCUAAUCCGCUCGUGAGAGCACUGGCGAUACGAACAAUGGGCUGCAUUCGAGUGGACAAGAUGGUGGAUUACAUGGAGGAGCCGCUGCGGAAGACCCUCAAGGACGAGUCACCAUAUGUGCGGAAAACAGCAGCGCUGUGUGUGGCCAAGCUCUUUGACCUCAACCCGAGCUUGUGCAUAGAGAAUGGCUUCUUGGAGACCCUGCAAGAGAUGAUCGCGGACAGCAACCCGAUGGUGGUGGCCAACUCAGUUACUGCUCUGGCAGAAAUCACCGAAGCUGCUCCCGAAACCAAUGCACUGGUGGUGACAGCACGGACUCUCAAGAAACUGCUUCUUGCUCUUAAUGAGUGCACGGAAUGGGGACGUAUCACGAUUCUGGAAACGUUGGCCAACUACAAACCCCAGGAUGCCAAAGAGGCCGAGCAUGUUUGCGAACGAGUAGUGCCGCAGUUUCAGCACGUCAACCCGUCUGUUGUUCUCGCAGCUGUCAAAGCCGUCUUCCUACACAUGCAAUACAUUGAGAAUGCCGCCUUACAUGCCACGUACCUGAAGAAGAUGUCACCACCUCUGGUAACCCUGAUCUCCAGUCAGCCUGAAGUGCAAUACGUGGCGCUGCGUAAUAUUGAUCUGCUACUGCAAAAACAACCCGAGCUUCUUGAGAAGGAAAUGCGAGUCUUCUUUUGCAAAUACAAUGACCCACCUUACCUCAAAUUACAGAAGUUGGAGGUCAUGGUACGAAUAGCAAAUUCCAGCAAUGUGGACCAAUUGCUCGCCGAAUUGAAGGAGUACGCCGUCGAGGUUGACGUCGAUUUCGUGCGAAAAGCAGUUCGUGCGAUAGGCCAGGUUGCAAUCAAAAUUGAGGAAUGUGCAGAAAAUGCCGUCAACGUCCUGCUCGAGCUCAUUAACACCAAGGUCGGCUACGUUGUGCAAGAAGUGAUAGUUGUCAUCAAGGAUAUCUUCCGCAAAUACCCAGGAUACGAAGGCAUCAUCCCUACGCUGUGUCAAUGUAUUGACGACCUAGACGACCCAAAGGCGCGAGGAAGCUUGAUCUGGAUUGUUGGCGAAUAUGCCGAGAAAAUCUCCAAUGCUGGUGACAUUUUGGAAGGGUUCGUGGAAGAUUUCAAUGAGGAGUUUGCACAGACACAACUCCAGAUCUUGACUGCUGUCGUCAAGCUCUUCUUGAAGAAGCCAGAUCAGGCGCAAGGAUUGGUGCAGAAGGUCCUACAAGCAGCAACAGCAGAAAAUGAUAACCCCGAUGUGCGCGACAGAGCCUACAUCUAUUGGCGGCUGCUUUCAUCGGAUCCUCAGAUCGCUAAGAAUAUUGUGCUUGCACAAAGGCCCCAGAUCACAUCGACGAUACCGAAACUUCCAGGCCCAUUACUCGAACAGCUACUUCCGAACUUAUCAACACUCGCAUCAGUCUAUCACAAACCACCCAAAGCAUUCCUGGGGGCCGGUCGAAGCUCGGCUUUACAGGAGGAGGCUAUCGAAGAAGCCAAGCAGAACGCCAAGGAGAAUCCGAUCGCCGCAGCGGCAGUGUCGGCUGCCAUUGCAGGCACCACUGCUCCAUCGGGACAGAACAACGCCGAGAAUCUGCUCGACAUCGACUUCGAUGGUGCUGCACCUGCGUCUAUGCAAAGAGCCCCGGGUAUUGGAGCAUCGGGCCUGGAAGGCCUAGCUGGCACUCCCCAACGAGUCGCAAGUCCUGCAAUUACUUCGCCUACUAUGGGAGGCGGCCUCGAAGAUCUCAUGGGUCUCGGUGGCGACCCAACACCUGCCAACGCUAGUGGCGCUGAUGGCAAUGAUCUAAUGAAUGGUUUCGCGGGCAUGAGCAUGAACGAUCAACCCCCGUCAGCGCCGACGCAGCUCAACGGUGGAGCCAAAAAGACGAAUGAGGACUUGCUGGGGCUGUUCUGAGGCAGGCAGAUGGCUUGAAGAGAUAUACAGAUAUGAUCAAGCAGUCUAUGCCCACUCAAACUCCAGUGCUCAUGAUAUUGAGUGCUCCAACCCGCCACUGCCGCAAGGGGCUUCCCGGCCUGCAAUGAACUCGACGACCGCGUGUCUAGAGCGCCUUCAAAAACUGGUUGCCAAUGUCUUGAUCUGCAGAAUGUCCUCAUCGGUGUCUAGCUCUAUGACCUAGAUGCGUCCAAGGUGAUCUAUAUCUCCGAGAUAGGUCACUAGUGUGACACCCGUUGAUUUACUGCAUUAACCAUGGAUGAUUGAUGUAAUUGGUCGUGCUUGGGGAAUACCCCUAAACACGACAAUAGACUUGAUGAAGAACCGACAUUGACAACGAUUGCAGGCUAGACGGCCGUGCGAGUCCUUCACAAUUGCUAGGUUGCUAAAUGCUCGGGUUAGCUCCGAAUGCAGAUCUAUCUGAUCUCUACAGCGUGUGUCCCAGAAAAUCUUGCUUGUUACGUCUUACUCCAGGCCCUAGCUAUGCAGAUUGUUGGACGUCUAAACGAUCACAACGAUACGACGUGACAGAGUAAGACGCCUCAGCCGGGCGCUGCGAGAUCCGCUGUACUGGUGGUUACUGGUCGACGAGAUACAUGUAGUCUAUGGUCUGCCUCACGUCAUUCAUCUGAUCUGCUGCUGCUUCCUCGCUA